AUGCUGGCCUGGCUACAGAGUGCACUUCCAAAAUGUGAAAUAAGCAAUUUUAGCAGCAGCUGGAAUGAUGGUGUUGCUCUUCAUGCCCUCAUUGAGUACUGCAGUCCUGGCACCUGCCCAGAUUGGGAGAAACUUGAUAAAACUAAAAAAUUAGAAAACUGUAGAAAUGCUAUGAAUAUUGCCAAAGACAAAUUUGAUAUUCCUUUAGUUGUGCGACCAGAGGAUAUGGCCAGCCAUCACUUGGAUGAACUUUCUGGUAUGACCUACCUGUCCUACUACAUGAAGCAAGAUUCACCUGGUUAUUAUGCUACACUAAAUAGAGUCUGCAAAAUGUUGCAGAGAAAUAUAAACAAUUUUACAACUGACUGGAAUGAUGGCCAACUGAUAUGUGAACUUGUCAGGGCUGUUGGAGGUAAAAUAUCUAAUACAAGUGGAACAAAUGAAGAGGUUCUCAAAAAAGGAUUGUAUGCAGGCAAAGAAUUAGGAUUCAAGCCAUUGAUGUCAGCCAAAGAAAUUGCAGCUGAGAAGGAAGAGCAUCUUGGAAUCAUGGCAUAUGCAGCUCAGUUCUUAGACAAGAAACCUAUGAUGCCAGGAGCUGAAAGAAUAACAAUGAAUGCCCAUCUGAAAAAUGUACAUGUUGGAAAUGAGACCAUAAUUCACAUGAAUAUUGUAGAUAGUAAUGUUUCUCAAGAAAAUAUACAAGUUAAUGUGACAGGACCUGAUUCUAAACUGCCUGUCCACAUGAGCUGGACUGGACAAUCAGGAAUUGUUACAUUUAUUCCAACAGAAACUGGUCAACACACGCUGACAGUUUUGUGUGAUGGCCAAAUAAUAAGUGGAUGUCCUAAAACCUUCAAAGUGAAUGCAGACCGUUCCAAGGUCAGCUAUUUGCAAAUAGAAAAUUGCUGUGUAGGAACAAUAACUGAAGUUAAGGUGAAUGCUGUGUCUGCUGGUCAAGGUAGUGUCAGGGUUGAAGCAAAAUCUCCUAGUGGUCACGUCAAUAAUCUACCAGUCAUGUCAAGGAAUGGCAUUUACAAUGCAAAUUUUACACCAUCUGAAGUAGGUAACUGGAAAAUGUCUGUGUAUUAUGAUGGAGAGCAUAUCAGUGGAAGCCCUUUUGAUGUGAAUGUUUUUGAUCCUGCCCAAGUACAAAUUUAUGGCAUUGAUGGAGGAACUGUGGGAAAAGAACUAAAUUUUAAAGUGGACUGUUGCCAUGCUGGCAAAGGAGAUUUACAAGUGAAAAUCAAAUACAAAGGACGAGAUGUUCCUCUGCAUAUAAGUGAAGAAACUAAUGCAAUCUACAAAGUUAAUUUCACUCCCCAAGGAGCAGGAUUGUAUGAAAUCAAAGGCUUGUUCAAUGAUGCAGAAAUAAAAGGUUCUCCAUAUACACUUGAAAUAGUGGAUUCCAAUAUGGUGAGUGUUAGUGGCUCUGGGUUAGAACAAGUUGCAGUCAAUAAGCUGGCUUCUUUUCAUGUGAACACAAAGGGUGCUGGUGGAGGUGAUGUAAAAGUUGAAAUUAAAUCUCCAUCAAAUCAAAGCCUACCAGUUGACAUUAGCAAAAAUAAUCAAGUACAUAGCAUUCAGUUCACUCCAAAAAUAUCAGGGAUCAUAUUAUUUAUAUCAAAUAUAAUGAACAGAAUGUCUCAGGAAGCCCAUAUACAUAAAAAAGUGUUUGAUGUUGAUAAAGUCUCUGUGUCAAACAUGCCAAAAACAUAUGAAGCUGGGAAAUAUAUUCAUUUUGAUAUUGAUGCUUCACAAGCUGGUUCCGGUAAUUUGGAAAUUCAAGUAAAUGGUGGAAGAGUACCUUGUUAUGUGAAAAAUUUAGGUAACCACAAAUUUUCAGCUUCUUUCGUGCCUGUCACUCAAGAACACCAAAUUGUACAAAUGAGCUUCAAUGAACUUAAGGUCAAAGGAAGCCCAUGGAUCAUUAAAAUGGUAGACACUUCAAAGUUUACUAUUUUAGAUGGAGGUACUAAAUAUAUUGCUGUAAAGACACUUGCAAAAUGUACAAUUCUCGGACCAGAUUCUGCUCUACAAAAUCUUAAAAUCAAUGUUACAGCACCGUGGGACAAAAGCUCAGAUCAUAAAUCAACAGUACAAGCAGAUGAAAAACUACAAGUUGAAUUUCUUCCGGAAGUUGUUGGUUCACAUAAAGUAGACAUAAGUUAUGGUGGAAGUCCUCUUAAGCAAAGCCCAAUAAUAUUUAAGGUUUUUGAUGCAAAUGCAAUUAACUUGUCAAAAAUACCUGAGGUUGGUCUGAUUGGAGAAAACACAGAAUUUACAAUUGAUACUUCAAAAUGUGGAGAUGGUGACCUUAAAAUUUUGAUUAACAAUGGUGAACUGCAAAAUAAAGUUGAAAAAAUAUCAAAAAAUACCUAUAGUGUGAGUUUUGUUCCUGUAAAAAGUGGCCCUCAUCAGAUUGAUGUUACUUUCAACAAUGUGCCUGUUCAUGAUUCUCCUUACACAUAUAUUGUGCAAAAUACAGACCAAAUAGAACUUUCCCAAAUGAAAAAAUGUGUCCCAUGCAAUUCCUGUACAGAUUUUAUCAUCAAACAACCAGAUGCAAAAGAAAUAAGUGUUAGGAUUAUGGCACCAAAUAAUGCUUUGAUUCCAACACGUAUGAUUCCUCAGUAUGAUGGUGACUACAAAGUUGAAUGGACUCCAACUAUUUCAGGAUGUUAUUUUAUUGAUGUUCAUUUUGGUGGUCAUCAAAUCCAAGGUAGUCCUUUUACUGUUGAUGUCUUUGACAUUAAUAAAGUCAAUGUUGAUGCACUCAGUUCCUCAAAUGUUGGAGAACAAGCUAAAUUUGUUGUCAAUUAUUCAAGUGCUGGCCAAGCAGAAUAUGCUGUUAAAAUUGUAAGCCCAUCAGGACAGAUAAUUCCUUUUGAUGGCCAAGAGAAGAACAACAAAAUUGCAAUUACUUACAUUCCUACUGAACCUGGAAAGUACAAAAUCUAUGUUACAUAUGGAGGGAUUGAUAUACCUGGAACACCAAUAAUUCAAGAGAUUGGAGAAGGAGGAAUGCCUACAGCUCAUGGUGAUGGAUUGUAUAAAGGUGAAGAAGAUAAGCCAGCAAUAUUUUAUGUAGAUGCAUCUGAACUUAAAGGAGAUUUAUUUGUUCAAGUUGAUGGUCCCAAUUCUAUAGCAAAGUGUAACAUUGAUCCUGAAGCAAAUGGCAUCUAUACUGUAACUUAUGUUCCUGUUGAAGUUGGCCUCUAUGAUGUACAAGUAAAGUGGAAUAGUAAAGAAAUCCAAGGAAGUCCAUUUCAUCCUAAAAUUGUUAAUGCAAGAAAAGUGCGUGUUGUUGGUGGCUGGCAACACUUCAUGGAUUCUGAUGAACAUGUUCAUCUUGUUGUUGAUGAGAUGAAGAAGAUUCCUUUUGAUAUUUCUGAAGCAGGUCCAGGUAAAUUGACGGCAGAGGUACAAGAUCCAAAUAAUAUCUGGUUGCCUGUACACAUUGAUACAAGUAGUGAUGGUAAAAAUAUACUGGCUUUUAUUCCCAAAGCAGAAGGAAAUCACUUGAUUAAUGUAUAUUGGACUGAACAUCCUCUUGUUGGAGCUCCUUUUCUUGGCAAUGCUGUUGUAAAAUAUCCAACUGCAAUUCAUGACAAUAGUCAGGUGACAUUAUCAGGUAGAGGUUUGAAGGAAGCUGUAGUUCGAGAAGAAGCUGAGUUCUAUAUAGAUGGAUCCAAGGCUGGACCAGGUAAACCUGAAGUGACUUUGACUGGAGUGCGUUCAGAAAUUGACAUCAUUAAAAAACAUCUUGGAAAUGGUCGUUACUACUGCACGUACAUACCUGUGCUUCCAGGUGGUUACUUACUACACAUUACCUGGAAUAAUAGGCAGUUGAAAGGUUCUCCUUACAAAGUCAGUGUCAUAGCAGCUGCUCAACCUCAAAAGGUUAAUGUGACUGGAGAAGGGCUAGAAGGAGGAAUUUUAGGCAAAGAACUUCAAGUCAAUAUUGAUACACGAAAAGCAGGACCUGGUGAACUCACUGCUCAUUGCAUGGGACCAACACGGAUUGCUUAUUGUGAGUUGACUGACAACAAUGAUGGAAUUUACAAAUUGACUAUUCGACCUCAAGAACCUGGAAGGCACAUUUUACAAAUCAAAUAUGGUGGGGAGAAUGUGUUAGGAAGUCCCUAUGUUUUAAAGAUUGGAGCACUGCCAGAUGCAAGCAAAGUACGUGUUAGUGGACCUGGUGUAGAACAUGGCAUUCUUGCAACAUUUCAGAGUCACUUUUUAGUUGAAACAGAUGGAGCAGGAGCUGGUAAACUCACUGUACGCAUACGAGGACCUAAAGGUGCAUUCCAAGUGCAUAUGUCUCGUGAAAGUCAACGAGAUCGUAAAAUAGUCUGUCAUUAUGAUCCAUUUGAAACUGGUCUGUAUAUAAUCCAAGUGAAGUGGUCAGAUAUAAAUGUACCUGGAAGCCCUUUCCAUGUUCAGAUCGUGGACACACAUCAGGAAUAUGAGGCUAUUUCACAAGAGGCUUUGUCUCUUCAUAAUGGGUAUACCUAUUCUGAAUCUCUACCUCACAGGUCAUCAUACAAUCAAUGGAGAGAAGAUAUCUAA